AUGCCUCGUCGACCAGGACGCGCCGCUGCGAAGCGCGCUGCCGCAAAGCUUGAGAGCACUCCGCAAACAUUCGACGAAGUUGAAGAUGAGGCCAUGCCUGACGCGGGUGUCUCUGAUGGCGAACCCCAGCCAGAACCCGAGGAACAAGAGAACGAGGACUCCGGAGCAGAGCAGGACGAACACCAGGAUUCCGAUGCUGCUUUUCCCAAAUCACCCUCUCCGCCGCCACAACAGGUCAUACGAAGACGACGCCUUGGUCGCCCGCCCAAGAACAGACCACCUGACUGGGACAGCCUCCCCCUCGAGCUCCCUCAUCGCGAUCCAAACGAUCCUCCCCGACGCCGAGGCCGCGGAGGUUGGAGAGGCCGAGGCGGCCGCAAGGGUGCUUCUUUCCAGCCUACAACGCAAGCCAUUGACAAAGAGGGCAACGUUAUGGACAUUGUCGACGAUGAGCUUGCGCUGCCAGAGGACCCCGAGGGAGAAACCAAGGUAAACAAGAUGGGUCACCUCCAAGACGGUCGCGAGUACCGUUGCCGAACCUUCACUGUUGCUGGUCGUGGCGACCGGCUCUACAUGUUAUCGACCGAGCCUGCCCGAUGUGUCGGAUUCCGGGAUUCCUACCUAUUCUUCACCAAACACAAGCGGCUCUACAAGAUCAUCGUGGACGAUGAGGAGAAACGUGACAUGAUCGAGCGCGAUAUUAUCCCUCAUUCAUACAAGGGCCGCGCAAUCGGAAUUGUGACGGCCCGGUCGGUUUUCCGAGAGUUUGGCGCUUUGAUUGUCGUGGGCGGCAAGAAGAUCAUCGACGAUUACGAGGUUGCCAAGGCUAGGGCUGAGGGCGUGGUAGAAGGAGAAAUCGCCGACCCGAGUGACAGACAUGUCGACGGCGAGGAGUACAACAAGAAUCAGUUUGUCGCAUGGCAUGGCGCCAGUGCCGUCUACCAUUCUGGAGUCCCCUCUGCCCCAGCCCAGAACGGUAAGGCGGACUUGAAGAAGAGACGAGUGAAUGUGACGGACGUCAACUGGCAGCUGGAACAUGCUCGAGAAGCAAGCCGCUUCAACGCAGAUCUUGCCGCCAUCCGCCGGCACAAUCUCUCUGGUGUCUAUGAUGUCCAUACCAACACCAUGCAGUAUCCAUCCAUCAUGCAACCCACGCAUGCCAGGAUUGAGCAAGUCGCAGAUUCAACUACUUCGAAUGACAGUGCUCGCUUUCCGCCUCUGGAUCCAAAGAUCCCUCGCAACUUCACCAUCAUCGACACCUACAUGGAGACUCCCCCAACGGGUAUCUCCUCCGCUGUAUAUGAGCAGCGCGAAGUACCUGCCUUCUUGGCUGACUUCCAAGGACUUGGUGCCGUCUCAAGCGACAUUUUGGAUGACUUGCCCCCCGAGUGCCGAGAAGCAUUCAGCAAAGCUGUAGAGAAGGAACACGCUUGGAAGUCGAAAUGGGGCACCGAGAAGGAGGCAGCGCACCGGAGACCACCUAUCAUUGAUGCCGCCAUUGUUCCUUACAGCAAAGCCUAA